AUGCUCGCUCGCUCCUUGGGUCGCACGUCGGCGCUCGCGGCUCGCUCCUCGUCGGCCGCUGCGCCCUUCGCCACGAACGCGGAGCUCUCGCCGCGCGCCAGCGUCUCGGACCUCAUGGCCCCCAACAACGCCAAGAACAGCGUCGAGUACGUUGUGAGCAAGGUUGACGACCUCGUCAACUGGGCGCGUCGUGGCUCGAUGUGGCCCAUGACCUUCGGUCUUGCUUGCUGCGCCGUCGAAAUGAUGCACACGGCCGGCUCGCGCUACGAUUUCGAGCGCAUGGGUAUGGUCUUCCGUGCCAGUCCCCGUCAGUCGGAUGUGAUGAUUGUGGCCGGCACCUUGACAAAUAAGAUGGCGCCCGCCUUCCGCCGCGUCUACGAUCAGAUGCCGGAGCCCCGCUACGUCGUGUCCAUGGGCAGUUGCGCCAACGGUGGCGGCUACUACCACUACUCGUACUCGGUGGUGCGUGGUGUCGACCGUAUUAUUCCCGUCGACAUUUACGUCCCGGGCUGCCCGCCCACGGCCGAGGCCUUGUUGUACGGCAUGUUGCAGCUUCAGAAGAAGAUCAAGAGCAACAAGAGCCUCUUGCUCAAGCUGCGCAAGUAA